GGAUCACCAGUUCAAGUAGCACUCGACCAAGGACAAUGCUCCGUGCUCUGCUUCUCCUGCUCACCACAGCCGCCCUGCUGUCCGGCCAUGCAGCCGCCGGCACGGGCAGCGGCGACAAGCCGACCCCGCCGUGCUGGCCUGCCGACCGUGCCGCGCUGCUGGGCUUCAAGGCCGGCAUCGCCGUGGACACGACGGGCAUCCUGUCAACGUGGGCCGGCGACGACUGCUGCGGCGGCGGGUGGGAGGGCGUGGCCUGCGACGCCGCCACCGGGAGGGUCGUGUCGCUGCGCCUGGAGUCGCAGCCGGGUCGGCACAUGUCCGGCACCGUCUCCCCCUCCAUCGGCGGCCUCGAGUUCCUGGAGGCCCUGGUGAUCCGCGACAUGGGGCGGAUCGGGGGCGCCGUCCAGAGCACCCUCUCGCGGCUCACGCGCCUCCAGCAGCUCUACCUCGAGGGCAACGCGCUCGCCGGCGGGGUACCCGGGAAGGUGCUGUCCAGGAUGAGCUCCCUCCGCUACCUCUCGCUCGCCGGCAACCGGCUGGAGGGCCCGCUGCCGCCGGAGCUCGGGGACGUUCGCGGUCUCGAGCAGAUCAACCUCGCCGGGAACCGCCUCACCGGCGCGGUCCCGUCGAGCUACCGGAACCUGUCCAGCUUGGCGUACCUCGAUCUCAGCAGCAACCGCUUGUCCGGCAUCGUCCCGGAGUUUGUAGGGCGGCGGUUCAAGAGCCUGGCGCUGCUGGACUUGAGCAACAACAGCUUCUCCGGCGAGAUGCCGGCGUCGUUAUACGCCUUGCGGCACCUUGCCGACCUGUCGCUGAGCCACAACAAGAUCGCCGGCAGGAUUCCACCGCAGGUCGGCAGCCUCCGGUCACUGAGUUCUCUCUCCCUCAACGACAACCUGUUCCUAGGCCCCAUUCCGAAAUCAUUGUUCGGCCUGCAGAAGCUGUGGCGCCUCGACCUGUCCAAGAACAAGCUAACCGGCGCUCUGCCUGACUUCGCCGGCGGCGGGAGCCUGAAGUGGCUCGACGUGUCGAAGAACGCCAUCGGCGGCCAGAUACCGAGCUCGAUCUCGAAGCUCCAGGGCCUAGAGAGGCUGGACGUCUCCCGGAACAGAGUCGGCGGCGUCAUCCCUGCAACCAUGGCGGCCAUGGCGAGCUUGGAGUGGCUGGACCUCUCCAGCAACGCCAUCGUCGGGAGGAUACCGGAGAACUUCACUAGGAUGGCGGGCGUCCGGCACGCGAGCUUCAGAGGGAACAAGCUGUGCGGGCAGAUACCGCAGGCCGCGCCGUUCAACCGGUUCCCCGCGGCGGCGUACGCGCACAACCUGUGCCUGUGCGGCAAGCCGCUGCCGCCGUGCAGGAAGAUAAGCUAGUGUCAUGCCGUGCUUGGUGUGUCAAAAAUGCAUCGGGGGAAAAUAUAAUCCAAUAAGAGAAUGAAAAUGUGGUGCAAUACCUAUCAUCCAUACUGUAGUUCAUUGUUUUUGAGAUAGCUCACCAUCCAUACUGAAUGGUAUCCAUACUGUAGUUCAUUACUCACUUCGUUUCUAAAUACUUCCUCC